AUGGCAUACGAAACGAUUACGGUACGGAUGAAUCGAAGCAACAAUACGAUCCCUUGGGGAUUUUCUGUAAUUGGCGGAGACCCUGCACCUAUCAGAAUUUCCACAGUACAAAAAGAAAGCCUAGCAGAUAAAGCUGGAUUACAAAUAGGUGAUACGAUCACUGAAUUUUCCGGUCGAACCACGAAAGGAAUGUCACUUCAGGAGGCUAGAAAUAUUAUUGAGAAAGUUUCGCUGGAAAUUUCCAUGCUUCUACAAAGGCAGGUAACGGAGCACUCAUGUUUGCCAUGGCAACUAACAGAGAAAGAUAAUCAAAUAAUAGUGGAUCAUAUCAAACCUCAGACCGUCAAUUACAAUUAUUACAAGAGUGAACGGAAAGAUAUAUCGCAUACAACAUCGAAUUAUGAAGUACCGAUCACAAAUGAAUCAUCUAAAUACCAUACAUCUUCAUACAGCAAACAAGAGGGAAGUAACUUGAAUCGUCCACUCCAUCUUAAUUAUCAGCCAGCUGCACCAUUUACAAACGUAACAAAUACCGAAUCUCCGUACGUUCAAGGUAAACGAUUGCAGGACAGCCAUUCCGCUGACAGUUACAGAGCAGAAGUAGGUAGUACGAGUGGAUAUGGUUCUGGCGGCAAGCCAAUGUCAGCUGUGACACGUAACGUGCCCAUAGCGCUCGGGACCUCGACCCCAUCAUCUGUUCCGCUAAUGACAACCAGUAACGUGACUAGCGGUGAAAGCAAACUUUACGGUCCAGUUCAUGUUGAUACGAGCAACGCCUAUAGUAACGUGCGAUAUCCUUCUUCCGGUUCUGGUGGUGGACAUCGUCCAGCACGAGGCGUAUCUGCAAAACCAAUGUGGCAAGACGCUGGGACACGAGUAUCAUUUCAACAUUCACCACGUACAGAGCGUCAACUGUCACCGCAUGCAACAGUACGUCAUCUGCAAUACAAUUCUCCAAUGAAUCUUUAUUCGCCACAUACUGCCGCUGAACAGUAUAUUCAACAAACUGGUGGACUGUUUGGCACUGACCCAUUACUACAACAACCGAAAGGUGAUGAAGCUUAUCUAAAGUCCGAAACACGUCGUCUGAUAGCAGAAGAGGAGGGUCAAAGUGCACACGACAAAUCCCCAUCAAUGCAAAGUGCCAGCUUCAAGCGAAUAUCCCGUGCAUGUGGUACUCCCGUUGAUUAA